AUGUGUGACUGCCGUGUUUUGCAGCCUGAGGGGCCUCUUGCGUUGCUGCAGGCUGCCGCCCUAUUCGAUUUGACGGCCAGACCUCGCACCCUCGUUCCCGAUGACAUAAGCGCGGCUGCAGCGGCUCUGUAUGAAAACCGUGACGCGCUGAAGAGGCCUUCUCUCGCCCCCGUUCUUGGAUUUCUUGCGGCUUCCCCCUUGCUCACCUCCCUCCCCGAUCCGUUGGGGAGCUUUCUUCUCUCGUUGGGGUCGUUGUCGCCGCUCCCGCUGGCUCGAGGGGGGGGAGCCUUUGCCAGGCAGUCUUCUUUGGACAUCUUGGAUCGGAUCAAGCGCCAAGGAGGCGCAGCCAAGGGCGACGUAUCGGAUAGGGGGGAUACGGAGAGAGGCGUGCCAGUCCAAAGGAGGAUUCAGCAGUAUUUGGAGCAGUGGAAGGCGCUCUCUGUGCAGCCCAGUGUGUGUGUAGGCAGCUGGGCUUUUGCAGACCUUGCCAUCGACUUGCAGUCCCUCGCAUCUCACAUGCAGCAGUGCGAAGCAGAAGGAGGGCACCUUCAGGAGAGGGCAGAGAGUAGUGCCGCUUCCCCCCCGCCUUCCCCUGCAGCGCAAGAGGAGCCAGCGCAAGAGGAGCCAGACGCAACCGACACCCUAGAGGAUGGGGGAAGGAGGCAAUUCUUCACUGCCUGCAGUCAGGGGGGCCCGGAUACCUCCCGCGUGCUACAGGCUGCCAACAUGCGCCAAGCACGAGCAGAAGCGGCGCACUCUCCUUCCCUGCCUAGCCCCUCCUGUUACACGUGGCGCACAGAUGACGGCCUACCCUCGGCAAGUCCGAAUAUCAACGCCGCGUCACAUUUGCUUGUGUGCGUUCUAUUAGAGUGCUUUGACUUCGUGGCGGCACCUCCCAACAGCCAACGCCUCGGCGUGCAUCGGAAGCGAGAGGCCCUCCUUUGCAGUCUAACGAAGGCAAGGCUCAACGCUCUUAGGCGGUGGGGGUGGGCAGUGAUCUGCAUCAGGGAGGCUGACUGGAGGGCUGCAGAGGCAAUGGACAGCGGAGGAGCACAGGCGCCACUUGAUUCUCAGGCACAUAGCCGAUUUGGCAAAAACAACGACGGGCUAGAGAAAGGGGUCAUUCGAGCACUCUUCUCACCGCCGUGCCCGCAGCGAGCUAGGAGGGUGAAUGGAUGGAUGAAACCCGCAGAGCAGAAGGUAUUUCAAGGGAGGGGAGAAAGCAUUUAUGGCGAAGUUGCACAGAGACACGCAGAGUUACGAGCGGGGGAGCGCCGAGAUCUCCCGCUGUCAUGUCUAGAAGGCAUCUGGAUGUCCGCAGCAGCUCUUCCUGCGUCCUUCUAUGAUUUAAAGGGUUCGAAAACGCAGGAUCAGUGGAAAAGAGGACCUUUUCCUGAGUGUGUGUCUCUUUAUUACGCCUCGGGGGUAGAGGCGGGGCGUGUGGGGCAGGCUGCGCCGUGGGAAGGGGCGGCGGGAGCUCGUGAUCGUGGGAGAGGGGGGGCGGCAUCAUCAAGGGGUUGCCGUUUGUGUCGUGAAGGAGACAGCGACUUCUCGGGUGGAAACGGGUGUGGCAGGCCGGUAGACGUGUGUAUGUUUGGAUAG